AUGACAUACGCCGACGAAGACCCUUCUCAGAACCACUUCAGCGGCACAGAAUCUCUCGACCGACUGCGCGCUCUCUUGCCCGGCCCUAUUGCCAGGCCUUCCACUCCCGAUGUCGCCUCCCUACCAACCACGACCGUCGCGCGGCGGCGUGCCUCAAGUGUCGCCACCUCCCUCGAUCAGGAUGAACACCUCCCCGAGAAGAUCGCGGAGCAGCAGGAGCACGGAGCCGGCGUGACGGAUCCAGUCGCAGAGAAGGAAACGGUUCUCUACCUGGCAUACGGGUCCAAUCUGGCGUCCAAGACUUUUCGCGGUGCACGUGGCAUCAAGCCACUGUCGCAGAUCAAUGUACUCGUGCCUGAGCUGCGGUUGACUUUCGAUCUGCCCGGCAUUCCAUACGCCGAGCCGUGUUUCGCGGGCACCCAGUUCCGCGAUCCAGAGGAAGCAGAUGUCUCGGCAGAGGCAGAAGAUGAGGCCUGGUAUGUACUCGACAAAUCCUCCGUGUCGGAGAAAGCACCGCUCAUGGCCGCCGCCGAAGCGCACCGGAAUCGAUGGCACAAGCCCCUCGUCGGCGUCGUCUACGAAGUCACGCUGGCUGACUACGCUAAGAUCAUUGCCACAGAGGGCGGUGGACGAGGCUACCGCGACGUCGUUGUCAACUGCCACGCAUUCCCGGAGUCGUACAAGCCCGCCGACCCCGUCCCCGAGCAUCCAGGGACACCUGCCUUCAAGGUACACACCUUGCUCUCACCCGCGGCCGACGAAGCGCGACGGCGGAAACAAUCCGGGGUUACCCUCACACAUGCGGCACGGACCGCCUGUGGUCUCAGCGCGCUCUGCCUCAAAUCCGAGCCGCAUCUCCGUCCGGAUCCCGAGUAUGCGCAGCCGUCGGCCCGGUAUCUGAAUCUGCUCACGACUGGUGCUGCGGAGCACCAGCUUCCUACCGCUUAUCAGGAAUAUCUGGCUCAGAUCCGGCCGUAUCGGAUCACUUCCACACGGCAGAAGAUCGGGAAGGUUUUGUUCCUUGGUAUCUGGGCACCCCCGGUGCUGGCAAUUAUCACGUUGUCGAAGUUGUUUGCCAGGCCCGACGGGCGCAGUCCGCCGUGGAUAGUGACAUUGGCCAAUUUGGUGUUUGGGGCGCUGUGGAAGAGUUAUGAUCUGGCUUUUGUCAAGUUGUUUGGGGAUGGAGAGCGGACGACCGAGCCUGAUGAUACCCUUUGA